GCCCGGCUUCCGGUUGAGAAUCCUGCAGAAGUAGUUAUGGGUACCGUGGGUCUGGGGCUAGUGGACUGUCACUGCCAUCUCUCCGCCCCAGACUUUGACAGCGAUCUGGAUGACGUGUUGGAGAGAGCCAGGAAGGCUAAUGUUAUGGCCAUUGUGGCAGUUGCUGAACAUGCAGGAGAAUUUGAAAGGAUUAUACAACUUUCAGAAAGGUAUACUGGAUUCAUCCUGCCAUGUCUGGGAGUUCACCCAGUCCAAGAACUUUCACCAGAAAAAUCAAGAAGUGCGACAAUAAAGGAUUUGGAUGUAGCUUUGCCCAUUAUUGAGAAUUACAAGGACCGGCUGUUGGCAGUUGGAGAGGUGGGGCUAGACUUCUCCCCCAGAUUUGCAGGCACUGAUGAAGAGAAGGAAGAACAAAGACAAGUCCUGAUCAAACAGGUCCAGUUGGCCAAAAGACUAAAUGUGCCUUUAAACGUGCACUCUCGCUCCGCUGGAAGACCUACCCUCAGCCUCCUACGUGAGCAAGGUGCUGAGCAGGUGCUGCUGCAUGCUUUUGAUGGCCGGCCCUCCGUGGCCAUGGAGGGGGUAAAGGCUGGCUACUACUUCUCCAUUCCACCGUCCAUAGUGCGAAGCGGCCAGAAGCAGAAGCUUGUGAAACAGCUGCCUCUAAGUUCUAUCUGCUUAGAAACAGAUUCGCCUGCGCUGGGACCAGAAAAACAGACACGGAACGAACCCUGCAACGUUUCCAUUUCAGCAGAAUUCAUUGCCCAAGUGAAAGGGAUCUCAGUGGAAGAAGUCCGAGAAGUGACAACACAGAACGCAUUGAAACUGUUUCCCAAGCUGCAGUGCCUGCUCCAGAAAUAGCUUCAAAACCACCCCCUGCCAGGCCGAGCCAGCCCAGGGCAGCAGCGGGAAAACAAGUGUUCGCGUUAAUGGCCUGAAACGAAGAAGCCUUUUUACGCGCAGAGUAGUCAAAGCCUGACAGAGAUGCCCCCUUAGACGGCUCACCCUUAGGAGCACUCAGCCGCUGCUCUUCCAGAGCUCCCACCCUCAGGUCCCAGCAGUCACGUUGGGUGACUCACAACUGCCUGCGAGUCCCUCCCAUCUCCAGAAGAUGCAGCCGCCGCCUCUGGCCUCCUCUGGUACUAGCAUACGUGGCGUACCCUAUACAGACACAGACACAUAAAUAAAAAUAAUGAUUUCUAAAA